ACACUUCCUGUGGCAGCCGAAAGCGGCAGUGCCGGCGGGGCCGGGGGUGCCGGGAGGGCCGGGCCGGGCCGCGAUGCUGCGGGGAGCCGGGUAACCCGGCGGGCAGGGCCGGGCAGGGCCAGGAAUGCAGGGCAAGGGCAAACUGCUGCCGGUCCUCAACGGGAGGAUGGGCCCGGCUGUGUCAGAUGGAGAAUUAAAUGCUUCCAGAGCCCGAGGCAGCAACCACAGUGUGAACAGCCUGCCUGCAGUGCAGUCCCUCAGCAGCUCUAUGCACAGCUCUGUUGUCAGCUGGGCUGAGUCCUUUGAGACACUGCUGCAGGACCGUGUGGCUGUCACCUACUUCACUGAGUUCCUCAAGAAGGAGUUCAGUGCUGAAAAUGUCUACUUCUGGCAGGCAUGUGAGCGCUUCCAGCAGAUCCCAGCCAGCAACACGCAGCAGCUGGCGCAGGAGGCGCGGCGGAUCUACGACGAGUUCCUGUCCAGCCACUCGGUGAGCCCCGUCAACAUCGACCGGCAGGCCUGGAUCGGGGAGGACAUGCUGGCAACUCCCUCGCCGGAUAUGUUCCGCCUCCAGCAGCUCCAAAUCUUUAACCUGAUGAAGUUUGACAGCUACACACGUUUCGUCAAGUCCCCACUCUACCAAGCCUGCCUGACAGCAGAGAGCCAGGGGCAGCCCCUGCCAGACCUGCGGCCCCACUCCCGCAGCAGCAGCCCCCCGCCGGACCUCAGCAAGAAGUCAAAGCUGAAGCUGGGGAAGUCUCUACCACUGGGCGUGGAGACAGCUGGUAGUGGUGCUAACCGCAGCCCUCGCCGUUCCUUCCGCAAGGGUGAGCGAUGGGAGCCCUCCUGGGCAGAUGGGGGAGAAGGUGGCGGAAGCGCUGUGCUAUGGAGGGAGUCCCAGGGCUCCCUGAACUCCUCUGCCAGCCUGGACCUGGGCUUCCUCUCCUCAGCCAGCACAGCUCCCAGCCCCUGGGCAGAGGGCCACCGCAAGAGCCUGGGGGGCAGUGAGGCUGAGGCCAAGCCCAUGAAGUACUGCUGUGUCUACCUGCCUGAUGGCACGGCCUCACUGGCCUCCGUGCGGCCCGGCCUCUCCAUCCGCGACAUGUUGGCUGGGAUAUGCGAGAAGCGCGGCUUCAGCCCCUCUGACAUCAAGGUUUACUUGGUGGGGAAUGAGCAGAAAGCACUGGUGUUGGACCAGGAGUGCUGUGUGCUGGCAGACCAGGAGGUGAAGUUGGAGAACAGGAUAAGUUUUGAUCUGGAAAUCUCCUCCCUCAACAAGACCAUCCGCAUCACGGCCAAGUCCACCAAGCGUAUUCGGGAAGCGCUGCAGCCCGUGCUGGGGAAAUAUGGCAUAAACAUGGAGCUGGCGCUGUUACGACGGCAAGGUGAGCAGGCAUCCCUGGACACGGAGAAGCUGGUUAGCACAGUGGCUGCACAGAAACUUGUCCUGGAAAUGCCAGCAGACAUGCAAGUGACAGAACGUGCUGAGGCUGCAGCCGCCCCCUCCCCUCUCCAGAGUGAGGAGGGAAGCCCAACAGGAGCAGAGCCUGACACACCAUGGGGGACAACCUCCUCCAGGCCACGGUCAUCAGCUGCCAGCAACCUGAACCGCCGCACAUACGACCUGGAAGGGCUGGUAGAGCUGCUGAACCGUGCACAGAGCUGCCGGGCCAAUGACCAGCGUGGGCUGCUCUCCAAGGAGGAUCUGGUCCUGCCUGACUUCCUCCAGCUGCCAGGGCAGGAUGACGGUACAGGCCGGGGGCCAGAGCCACCCAGUGCCCUUCACCCAGGGAACGGCCACCCUGAUCCUGCCAAACCUGCACCGGCUCAGCCUGCGGUUGACCGUGAGCCCCGGUGAGCCCUGCCCCACACCUGCGCCAACGUGUGGAGCUGCCAACACUGCCCAGACCACAGAUCCGUCCAUGUCCUGUCCCAGCCUCAUGUUGUGUUGCUGUGAGUGGUUGAACAGCUGCCAUGCCCCUCGGCGGGGCCAUACCCUGGUACACAUCAAGGGAAUCCUGUAUAUAGGUCGAACCCCCAUUGCAAAGCACUUUGCAGCACCCCACAUGCACCUGGCACUAUUCCUGCCUGGUGCUUCUGCCCUGGAGCAGGGCUGCCCUUAGGCAAAUUCUGCCCCUGGGAGAAUCCUGCCUGCACCAGGCUGGUGCAGACACUCAGGAAACAGCCUUCAGCCCAAGGGAGGGUAGGAUUUAACUGGGAAGUAUUGGUGAUGGUUGGACUGGAUGAUCUUCUAGGUCUUUUCCAACCUUGAUAAUUCUGUGAUUCUGUGAUAGAGGGGACGUGGUCAGACUGGGAGGCAGAGCAGGCGCCAGCCUUCAGCCCCAGUGCUGUGGAUGGGCAAAGACAGGAGAGUGCAUUGGCCCAGAUCAGGCCCUGUCCCAGCAGCAGCAGUGUGAGACAGUGCAUGGGAGGCUGCAGAGACGGCCCUCAGGGCAUACACCCACAGCCCCUGCCUGGUCCCUGCUGGAGCUGCGGGCAUUCAGCCCUUGGGGAUAAGUCUGUCCUGUGCUAGAGGUGCUGGAUCAGUGCGGCACCUCUGGGUGUUCAGCAUCUCAGCCUGCCCUACGUGUGCCCAGCAGUGCCCUGGGCCACCACUCAGUCCCCACUCUGCAGCCACAGGCAGAGGGGUGGCCCAGGGCAUCCUCCUGCUGCCCCCAGGCAGGUGUCACAGCCCUCAGGGCUGGCUCAGAGCCCCCAUGUGUCUCCGUGGUGCUGCUCAGUCCUGUCUGUGGUGUGAAACCAGGGGAAAUAAAGAGCAUUGCCUGGAAUC